AUGGUUGAUGCCGUAGUUUCAUUUGUGGUACGAAGGCUUGGAGACUACAUCAUCCAAGAAGCAGGGUUCUUAAGAGAAGUGAAAGAUGAAGUGCUGUUGCUAAAGAAUGAACUUGAAUGGAUGCAAUGUUUCAUCAAGGAUGCUGAAGAGAAACAAGUUGAAGAUCCUAUGAUUCGCAAGUGGGUGUCUGAUAUCAGAGACAUUGCUUAUGACACUGAAGAUGUCUUGGAUUCAUGUUUGCUCAAACUUGGUCGAGGACAAACUCUAAAUCACAACCAAGGAUUUCUCGCUUCAAUCACGAAAUGUUCCUGCAUAUUCGAUCAGGAAAUGAUUGAUUUGUAUGACACUAACAAGAAGAUUGAAACUCUCAGAAAGAGAAUCAGCGAUCUAUCGCGCAAACGAAAAUUCUACCACCUUGAGGACAAUGGCAGCAGGAGAGAAGGAACAAGCAACGGUCUUGGCAAACUGAAAGAACUAAGAAGAGUCAUUUCCUUUGUAGUUGAAGAGAAUGUUAUUGGCUUUGAGGAUGAUGCUGAAGUAUUGUUGGGUAAACUUCUUGAGGAUGAGCCAAAGCGUUUUGUGAUUUCAAUCUUGGGUAUGGGAGGUUUAGGCAAAACCACUCUUGCUAAAAAGCUGUACCACGACAGUGUAGUAGUGAAAAAAUUCCGUCGUCGGGCUUGGGUUUCUGUUUCCCAAGAUUACAAAACAGAAGAUCUUCUUCGGAGAAUUAUAAAAUCAUUUGGGAUUAACCAUUCGACAAUGGACUUAGAAAAGAAGAAUACAGAAGAUUUGGAGAGAUAUCUUCACAAUUCAUUGCUGAAACAGUCAUACUUGGUGGUGAUUGAUGAUGUGUGGCAAAAGGAAGCAUGGGAGAGCUUGAAAAGAUCCUUUCCAGACAGCAAUAAUGGAAGCAGAGUAAUUAUCACCACUCGCAUCAAAGACGUAGCUGAGCGCUCAGAUGAGAGAAACCAUGUCCACAAACUUCGAUUCCUUAGACCAGAUGAGAGUUGGAAGCUGUUUUCUGAAAAAGCCUUUCGAAAUUCAACAAGAGAUGAAAAAUUGGAAGAGUUGGGAAGAGAGAUGGUGCAAAAAUGCGGUGGGCUGCCACUUGCUAUAGUUGUAUUAAGCGGGCUUUUGUCUACCAAGAAACCACAGGAAUGGCAUUUGGUACGUGAUCAAAUUUGGCGACAUCUAAGAAAUGAUUCGAUUCAUGUUUCUUAUCUAUUAGAUUUGAGUUUCAGUAAUUUGUCUUAUCAAUUGAAGUUGUGCUUUCUUUACCUAUCGAUCUAUCCCGAGGACUCUGAAAUUUUGAUGGAGGAACUAAUCCGGCUAUUGGUGGCAGAAGGUUUCAUUUGGCAAGAAGAAGAUCAAAUAAUGGAAGAAGUGCCUAAAACCCACCAGGAUGAAUUGCUUAACAGAAGCUUGAUUCAAAUAGAAAGAGUAUAUCGUGGAAGAGUUGAAACAUGUCGAGUCCAUGAUCUUUUACGGGAUCUCGCCUUUGAAAAGGCGAAAGAGCUAAACUUUGUUCACAAUUACCUUGAAAUUGCUCAUUCAAAUCACUUUUCAACCAGUUCAUCAUGUCGGCGACUGUCUUGUCAAGAUUUGCAGAUUUUGUCUUAUCGACCCUCCAAUUUGCGUUCAAUUUUUCUGUUUUCUAGAGGAUUUCGUUUUCUCACUGAAGCAGAUUGCAGGGGUUUUAGGUUGUUAAGAGUGCUGUACAUUCAGUAUUACCGAGCAACGCCAAUUGAUUACAAUAGCUUUCCUCAAGAGAUAACAAAAAUGAUUCACUUGAAUUCUAAUUCUUGCGUCGACCUGCCAACUGAAAUUUCUAAGUUACAAGAUUUGAGACAUCUGAUCGGAAAAUUCGAAGGUCGUCUACCGAUUGAGAACUUGACAAACCUUCUGACUCUGAAGUUCGCAAGUUACGAGAGCUGGGCUAAAGUUAAUCCUGAAAAAUUGAUUAAUCUUCGAGAGCUGCACAUUAAUUCUUAUUCCGUGAAAGAUGAAAAGGAGUUCAGCUUCGAUUCUAUUGCCAAACUUAAAAGCAUACGAAUUUUAUGCAUAAAUUGUUUAGAGGAUGAUCCAAUGCCUCAGUUGGAGAAGUUGGAGAGUCUAGUAUUUCUUGAAUUACUAUCCAAAUCUUAUGGUGGAAAGAAGAUGGUAUGCACAUCAAGGGGUUUUCGUCGCCUUGAAAAUUUAAAAGUUGAUUUGGAUGGAUUGGAGGAGUGGCAAGUAGAAGAAGGAGCUAUGGGGGUGCUUAAAAGUGUGGUCAUAAGCAAGGCAAAGAAUUCCAAGCUGAGAGUUCCAGAGAGACUCGGAUCACUCUCUGUCACAACUAGGAGAUAA